UUUUAGGGUUGGCUAACAAUGCCCUGUAUAUAAAUGUUGGAACGCCACCGAGAAAGAUAUUAUUCCGUCGCUAGUCGUCAAGUUUGUAGCAUACGAAACAUAGAAAACAUGUUGAAGGUAUCGUGCAUUUUGGUUUUUGUGGCAAUCACAGCCACCUCCGGAUAUCACCAUCAACCGGAGCAUGAAUUCCAUGUAGAAGCCGAACACGAUGCCCCCCACUAUCACCAGGAAGAGUACGGACACGAAGAUCACCAUCACCAUGCUUAUCCCAAGUACAAGUUCGAGUACGGGGUCAAGGAUGCCCACACCGGGGACCAUAAAACCCACUGGGAACACCGUGAUGGAGAUGUCGUGAAGGGACAAUACUCGCUGCACGAUUCGGACGGAACGGAACGCGUGGUAGAUUACACUGCUGAUCCUCACCAUGGAUUCAAUGCCGUUGUAAAAAAGUUGGGACAUGGACAUCACGCUGAGCCACAUCACGCUCCAUUGGUUCUGGAGAAUCAUUAUCAUCAGCACCAAGAGGAUCACCACGAACAUUAUCCUUCCUCAGCGGAAUAUCACGGUCACGGGCAUAGCUACAGCCAUUUGACCAAACACGAAUAAGAGAGUUUAAUGAAUGUGAAUGUGAUACAACCCAGACAUAAGUGCUUUCGAAGAUGAGUUCUAAACAUAAUUUCUGAUGUGAUGUAGUUUACCAAUCUGUGAUGUGUGUUAUGAUCGAUGUUGAUGAAAGAAUGUUAAUGGAGGCUUUGAAAUAAUUUUAAAA